UGAAUUCUUUCCCUUUGCGACGGGACUUUUGAGAGAGACGCUUAAAGGAGCAUUUAAAGCCUCGGAAGGUUUGAGCUUGUCGAGAAGUCUGCUAGCAAAACUUGCUGAAGAAGCCCUUGGUGAACAAACCUGCGAAAGACGGUUCCUGGCCAGGAGAAGCAUCAGCAGGGUGAUCAGCUGGAAGGCCAUACUAUGGCGCUUCCAGCAGAUGGAUCCCCAAUGUUGGAGGGACAUCCAGACAAAGGUAAGGAUCAUGGUAAGGUAUGGUUAAAUGAAGCCGACAUUGUUUCUGAAGACCAUGGAGAGGAGUUGAGGUAUAGUUCACCUCCACAGUAUAUGGACUGUUCUACCAGCUCCAGUGGUAGCAAUACUACCAGCUCCAGUGAAGACGAGGUAGGUAAUGACUGUACUACCAGCUCCGAUAAAGAUGAGGUUGAUAAUGAAGACCAGGAUGACUUUAAAUCCCAACUUCGGGUUGUCCAGGUCCUUCAACCAAACAUUAAAUUCCUGUGGGGCAUAGGAGUGCUUGAACAGUCAUUGAAACAUGUGAAUUUGAUGGUUGAUCAACUGUGCUCCACUGACAGUAGUCUAACUAUGGACCGUGCCGAUGUUGCGUCACAGUUGCUUGAGAUUCUUCCCCCAAAUUUCAAAUACAUACAAGACAUUAGGGUGGCUCAGAAGCCUCAAGAAGACACGGCUCCCUGUACUUCACUUGAAUUCACAUCUGGACUUGACAAACAGGAAGAGCCUAUUUUGCGUCCAGAGAAGUCCAGACCCAUCGCUACCUCGCAACAUCAUCAGGUAGGUUUGGAAGAGGACGGGUCUUCUUUGACUUCCGGCCACACCAGGAACACUACACAGAAGGUGGAUGCUGUGAAGGAGGAUGACCCAUCAUCAAAGCUUAGUUUUGGUACUGUGCUUCCUUCCAGCUUUACAUUCACAUUUGGACUUGACAAAGAGGAAGAGCCAAUUUUGCAUUCACAGGACUCCAAACCUAUCAGUACCUCACAACAUCAUCAGGAAGGUUUGAAAGAGGACGGGGCUUCUUUGACUUUUGGCAGAGCCAGGAUAACAACGAAGAAGGUGGAUGCUGCGAAGGAGGAUGACCCAACAUUAAAGCUUAGUUUUGGUACCGUGCUUUCUUCACUCUUUAUGUUCACAUCUGGACUUGACAAAAAGCAAGAGCCCAAUCCAGAGGACUUCAGCCCAAUCUGUACCUCGCCACAACCUCUCGGGGGCUGGAAAAAUUUAGUGGCUUCUUUGACUUUUGGCUGUGCCAACAGAACUACAAAGAUGGUGGAUGCUACAAAGGAGGACGACCCAAAGCCUAGUCAUCAGAUAGGUUUGAAAGAGGACGCGGCUCAUGUGACAUCUGUGACUGACAUUAAUGGAAAGAGGACAAAGGACAGUGAUGCUGAAGACCAGCCCCCAGCCAAGAGGACUAGGGACACUGUUGCUGAAGAGGAGCUCCCCACAAAGAGGACCAAGGAUAAUGAUGAUGCUAAACAGGAGCCCUCUGCCAGGAGGUUCAGGGAGAACCAAGCUGAUGAUGAGCUCCCCUCCAAGAGGACUAAGGACAGUGUUGCUAAAGAGGAGCCCCCUACCAAGAGGACUAAGGACAGUGUUGCUGAAGAGGAGCCCCCAGCCAAGAGGACCAAGUAUAGUGAUAAUGCCAGUUGGGACGAGGUCCUUCAAAGAAUCGGCAGAAGGUUGGCAUGGAGAUAUGGUAAAGAAUGGGAGGACGAGCCCAUUCCGUCAACCCCUCUGUUCAUUCCCUACCAAAAGACAGAAUAUGAAGAUCCCAUUCUGUUAUCCCUUGUCCUCAGUCCCUCCCCAAGGACGUUGUGUGAGGAUCUUGGUCUGUCAUCCCCUGUCCUCAGUCCCUUACGAGGGACGGUGCAUGAGGAUCCUUUUUUCUCUUCUCCCAACCUCAGUCCCUCACCAUUGACACACUGUGAAGAUCCCAUUUUGUUACCCCGCGUUUUCAGUCCUUCGCCAUCAACACACUGUGAAAAUCCAACUGUGUCAUCCCCUGACUUCUGUUUCUGGGUGGAGUCUGAAGGGGUCAUAGAAGAGGAACCAACACCUUCAACAUCUGGUGGAAUUACAGAAAGAGUGAGUUCCAGACACGUGUGGUUUAGACCUCGCUACGUCUUGUCAAGUGACUCUGAUUAGAUUGGGAUCCGUAAAAACUGAAGACCUUUUAGGAAGUCACAUUAGGAUAUCAUUAUUUCUCAGGGUUUUUUAAUUAAAGCCAAUGGCUUUCUAGCAAGCCUGAGGAAGCCUUUGGUAGUGUCUUGCACCGGGGCUUUUCUUUAUCCCGCUACUAGAUUUAGCAUUUUAGAUGUUAAGGAUUCUGGCAGGUUGAGGAAGUCUUAGGUCGAGCCUUGCACCGGGUUUUCAUCUUUGCGUUUUCCUCUCAUCUCCCCCAUGUUGCAGGGUGUAAUAGCGGUUCUUCCCCACACGGUGCUCUCCAAUAUAGUAAAUUAUUCUAUCCUGUUCCUUUACUAAUCCACUCUCCAAGUUUUUAAUCUUUCAGGUUGUAGCUGCUCAUUGCUGGAUCCUUUCAUUGUUGUCCAUGUGGUUCCUGUCCUUCUGGAUCCCUUGUUUUUCACACUGCUUGUAAGUUUUUGCAUUCUACAUUCACAUGAUGCUGCUUGCCUCCUGCUGGUGGUGGGGACCAUCAGCUUUACUAAAUAGAAAUAGAAAUUCACUAUUAGUAAUUUAGAAAGUGUUCAACCAUAUAGAGUUAAAAUUUACAUUAAGUAAG